ACCUGUCAUAAAAUUAAAAUAUCAUGAAAAAGUUGAUUUAUGCGUAUUACUUUUGUCAUCGUGAAAGAAAAAUAUAGAACCGGUAUUGGAGUUAUAUAAAAUCCAAUUUACAACUUGCUCUCCAAGGUGCUGGACAAUGUCUCGACAGAUGAACCUGUCAUAAAUUCAACAUACAUCACGUACAAAAAUUAUUUUUUUGAGAACUUCACGAUGGCUCUAUAUGACAGAGGAAGGACUUAGAAGCAUAUAUACUCCAAAAAUAUUUAAUUAGACUGUUGUUUAUUAAUAAGAAAGUAACAUAAUAUCCACAUAAUGUAUAGAAAAUUGAAUUAUUUUUGUUUAAUUCAUUUUCAGUUGUUUUUGUUUGUUUAUUGCAAGCUAGUUUUCAUCUUAUAGUCCCUCAUGGUAUAAUCAAUAUAAAUGCAAUAUAUUACAGUGUAAUACAGACAAAUCAUAAAGUUUCUGCCAAAAAAAUGACAAAUGAAAAAAACUUAUCUACAAGGAAGAUAUUAACAUAUUACAAAUAAAAAAUAAUAAAAAUCCAUAUAGCACAAAGUUCACCACAAUAUAAACAAUACAAAAAAAACUGAAUAAAAAUAAUGAAUCACAAUAUCAGUGCCUGCAUAUUUGAUUAUCAAUGAGUCAUAUUUUCAAGUUUGCAGAAAAUUAUUUAAAAGACUCAUAUGUUCUUAUGCUUUCUGAUAUUUUAUUCCAGUCCUGAGAAGCUUUAACUGAAAAUGAGUUCUGACCAAAUCUACUACAUCUGUAGGGACAGAAAAGUCCUUAAAGGCACCAAUGUGACAAGAGCUUCAGUUUCAUCAAUAUUAACAAAGUUGAGCUUCAAACAAUUAAUGUGAAAUAAUUAUUAAGAACAACAUGAAUUAAGAAUAAAAAAAAUGUUAAACAUGAAAACAUUUUGUUGUUUUUUUUAUGAUAAAUGUUUUCUCAUCAAUAUGCGGGAGUUUAUAGCGAUGCGCGCUCCCGCGACAGGGCUUGCAAUUUGCUGCAGAGCCAGCCAAGCUAGCUGAAACAGCUGAGUCACCUAGGGGAAGCUGCAUGAACGAGCAUGAGAAGUGAAAGUGAAAGGGACUUUCAUGUUCAUCCAACGCCGAAGAAGUGAGGGGACCUUAAAUUGACACCAUAAUCAAAUUUAAACUAUUUUCUGUUUUAGUCUGAGGAAAUGUUUAAAUGAAUCAUUAAGAAAUCCUUUAGUAAGGAUUUGGCAUUUUGUAAAUAUAGGAAGAUGUGGCUGUUAGCUGCGUUUGUGUUUCUCCUGUACGGUAAGUUAUUUUUUUCCUCCAUGCUCAUAAAUUUAUUUAGUCAAUCUUUUUUUUUCUUCCUUCAUAGUCAAUAAACAAUUUUUCAUUUACAUGCUCAGCAAUAUUUAGAAAUGUAUAUUUUUUAAAGCAGAAGAAUCCAUGUCUACUUCUCCAAAUUUAUUGUAAAUUGUGUCAUUCCUAAAUAAGUAUAAAUAACAUAAUAUGUUAUUUAUACUUAUAUUAUGGAAAAUAACGAGUAUCUUGACAAUAACUACGUCAUGCAGAGACGUUGUAGGAUUAUGUCACCCGCUUCGGAUGUUAUCAUCCCGUAGAAUGGCGAUUAUCAGUGGUUAUCAGCCCCAUUGAAUGGCCUCAGUUGGUCCCUGCUCUACCUGCUAGCAGGCUGUUAUCAACCGUUAUCAACCAUUCUAUCGGUGAUAACAGCCGCUUGUCGCUAAUAGAACCUUUUUUUAACAUUUUUUUUUUAAAAAACCUUUAUUUAUAAUUUAUCUGCGAAUUUGAACAGGAUAUUAAGAAUUUACUAAAAAUACAAAAGCCAAACGUAUCCGUCAUAAGAUUUUAAUUAGGUAUUGUAAUAAUCGUUACAGUAUUUAAAAACAACUCACUAAAAUCUAAAACCGGAGUUUUUUUUUUCUGUUUUGUUUAUUUUUGUUCGCUUUUUUAAAGACCUAUAUUUCCAAUAUGCCUUUUAUUUCUUUGGAUUUUUUCCAAUAAUUCACUCAAAAUAAAUGCCAAAAUUUAACAUACUUGGUUAAUUUUAUUGGAUCUUUACAAGACGUGUUCUCUCAAUACAUGCCGUGUUUUUAUCUUCCGGUCGUGCAAUUUUAUAUAUAUAUAUAUAUAUAUUGAGCAUACAAUGAAAUUAAAAGGUAUAUUCUAGAUUUAUGUAGUGUUAUGAGUUGUCCAACCUCAUAGCCUUCCACUAGGUGGCUGUAUGUACAUCCGAAGUUGCUUGCAAUCCAUUAAUAAUGAUAAGAAGAAGUUAGGGUUGGCCCUAAUCUUAUUUUUAAUUAAAAAAUUAAAAAUAAAAAUACGGAUGGAUUUGCUCAUAUGAUUAUAUGAAAAUCUGUGUUUGUACCAUAUUAAAAUGUUUAAUAUUUGUAUUAGUAGUAAUAAUAAUAAAUUACGGAUUGCACCCGACAAAACAUUAGAGAAGAAGAAGAAGAAGAAGCUUACGUCAUUCGACGCGACACUUUCCACGGUCGGAGCUGGUGAGUAGCCCCUGAAUCUGUCAAAUAAAAAUGUAGUAAAACACCUCAAAAGACCGAAAGUCUACAUUUAUAAAUCUGCUGAUGGUAGUUCUAUGAGUUAAUGUUAGCGAGUAUGUGGCACAGCAUGUGUUUGUACAGAUUUAGACACGUUUUUAACCCUAUUUGGUCUCUUAAAAGCCAGUCAGGUUCAAAUGUAGCUGUCCUUCAUACCUUUAAUAACAAUGUGCUGAAAUUUUGUUUUUUUAUUAUUAUUUUAUGCUUCUCGGUGUUACAGUAUUUCUGUCUUCUUUCUGUUCUCUCCCACUUUAGAACCAUGCCUAAAUAUAAGAGCAGUGUCCGUUGUAAGACCAAAAAAAUAAAAGUAACUCGGAAAACCAUCGGUGCUCGGGCGAAAUUUUCCUACAUUCCCUCACAUGCAGGCUCAUCUGACACCAACACUGUUUUUCCCUCAUCACAUGAUAUUUGUACUGAAAACUCAAAGGAAGAAGGGACCGCGUAUACCAGGGCAAAAAGGAAGGAGCUGAGCCUAUGGGAUACACUAAAAAAGUGGUCCCCAAACUACGGCCCGCGGGCCAGAUGCGGCCCGCCCCCACAUUUGGUCCGGCCCCCUGAACAAUACCAGAGUAUUUUCAUAUAUGUGCAUUUUUAUUUGAUAAAUGUUCCUUAGUAAUGAACUUUAUUUAUUAUUAACUAUUAGUUAGUAACUAUUUUAUACAUGCAUAUAAUUGACCCUAACCCUUUUUUUUAUGUGGAGAACCCAGUGUUAUUUGGUUAUUAUUUAUUUCAUAAAUAGUGUUAUUUCCUGACUUUUGUUCUCUGAAGAAUCCAGAAAAGGUUAUUUGAUUGUGCUUUCUGAAAAACAAUACAUUUUUAUGUUUAGCACUCUUACAAUCGUCACACUUUUUCUGUUACAAAAUGACCCCGGCCCCCCAUCAGAGAAGGGACAAGUUAUGUGGCCCUCACAGGAGAAAGUUUGGGGACCCCUGCACUAAAAGAUCAGGUCUUGGAAGAGUCCUAUAAGUCCUCCGCUCCUUUCUCUGACAUGUGCUCUGUGUGCAAGAAACCUGGAGUAUACCGCUGUCUGGAAUGCAGCAGAAGCAGUGUUUUUUGCAAGGAUUGUGUCUACACAGUACACAUAAAUUCUUUGCACCUCCCUGAAAAGUGGAAUAAAACCUGCUAUGAGGCUGCUUUCCAGCAGUUGGUGUUGCAUUUAAGUGGGGAUCACAGUACCCAUGUUGUUUACUCCAGAGAUGUAAAGACUUUUGUCAACACAGGUCAUCUCAUUAAUUGCACAGUUUCUUUUUGUAAAUGCGAACCUGAGGUCUGCACUCUUCUGAAGUAUGGCCUUUGGCCUGCUUCACCGGAGAAGCCACAGGCUGCUUUUUCAAUGGCUCUUCUUGAGCUAUUUGUCCAUCUUUCUUUGGAGUGCCAGGUCUCUGUAGAGGGAUUCAUCAACACCUUACGGUGGAAAAACAAUCUUACUGUUAUGGAGGUUAAUAUGCUGUACAGAGCCCUAGUAGGAGAGUCUAUUUCCCAGUUUCGCCAUUAUCACUUCCGACGAAGGUCACUAGUUGGCCUUUGUGACCAAUUUGAUGAUGGCACAGUGUGCCCGGCAUGCAUAAAGACUGAUGGCACUGUAAUUGUGGCUUUGGAUGCCAACUUUGGCCUCGUACGAAUAAAGAGCUCUGGAAGUAGUAUCACUGAGCCAUUGCAGGGUAACAGAAUGUUUGUCAGGGAUGAAGAUGUUGAAGAGUAUGUCGGGUCAAAUCCUGACAACUGUCAACCAACAGAGAACUGUAGCAAGUUUAAAGCUGGCAAUGCACUUCGUCCCCAAAACCAGCAAAAAAAAUUAGACAUAACUGGUGUAUCUGGAGCAUCAUGUCGCCACGAGGUUCCACUGAUAUUUCUUAACAUGACACAUGGAGAAAGACUUGCAUAUCCUAAAUAUGUCAUCACAGAGCUGAUGAAAAAAUAUAAAGAAAAAAACAUUAAUCUGCAUGUCAUUUAUGACAUUGCAUGUGUCCUGUCCAGACAUUUCCGUAAAACUGGAGAAGGAAUCCCAAAAGGACUUUCCCUGGCGGUACCAGCAUUUCAUGUGUAUGGGCAUAAACUGCAGUGUCAGAUCAUGUACAGCACGCGACGAGUUCCUGGAUUUGGACUAACAGAUGGUGAAUGCAUGGAGAGGUUAUGGUCGUUUUUGAGAAGAUUUUCUCGAGUGACUAAAGAGAUGACUCCCUCCCAUCGCCUUGACCUUCUCACAGACGCACUCCUGUACUAUGGUAGAAGAAAAUCUGCAGAUCUAGAUGUGCAGCUUUUUCAGAGGUGGGACAAAGCCGAGAAGAUUGCGAGUAUUGCUGAGGAAGAGAUUUCUGCAGUUUUGAAAGAGUCACCGAUAAGCAUUUCUGAACAUGACCUACAACAAUGGAUGGAAACACAGAGACAUGUAGCCCAAGCUGCACAUUUAAAAACUAGAGACAAAGAGAUUGUUCCAAGAUGGAAGAGGAACUAUGUGAUGAAGCUGACCGAAAUCAACCAGCUCAGAUCCGGAUCACAUAAACAGGAGUCACUCAUUGAAGAUGAAUCACAGCUGGACAGGGAUCUUCGAAUAAUUGAGAGACACCAUGGUGUAAAACGAAGGUGGCUCCCUUCGGAUGACAUUUUCCAGAGAACACUGAGAGAUGUUGACCAGGAACUUAGAGGUCAGCUGAUACGACGAGCACAAAAUGAAGCAAGGGAGAGGACCACUCUUCUCAACCUGAAAAGAAGAUAUAAUGAUGGACAGGGAGUUGCUAUAAGGCUGUCCAAGCAAGUGACUGCCUGUAACAGGAAACUGAAGAAGAUUGUUACAGAGUACAAUAAUCUGCAGUGGCCUCCAUAAACUGGCAUCUUUCCAUCACAUUUAGAAUUUCGAGAAUUGUGUGAUGCCUCCUCCCAGCUGUACACAUUGUUUGAUGAACAAAUUGAAGAUCAUGGUGUUGUUCCAAAGAACCUAAAAAGUCGAGCAAUAGAAGCCCUGCAUUUGAAGACUAGGGCAGCUGAAGAAAAGCUUCUACUUAAGAGAGAGAUGAACACUGUCAUUCUUCACCUUCAUCAACAACAUGGACAUUUAAGUUCAGCUAUAAAUGAUACUGCAGAUCCUGGUUCAAAAGCUGUACUUCAUCAAAACAUUAUCAUUUUAGAAAAGAAAAUGUACAGUGCAAUGAACAUGUUCAAGAGGUUUAUCGAAGUUGGUGCUCCUCCUCCAAAUCAUCACCUACCAGAGUUUAACUCUUAUUCUCAAGCACUUAUGUCUCCAGAUCUACAUUACAUAGACUAUGAUGAAAGCAUUGACGAUGGAGAGGAUGAAGAGGAUGAUGACGACAAUGUUGACGAAGGAGAGAACAGCAUAGAUUGUGAAUCAUCUUCAUGAUUUAUGGCCACUUACUGUCCUAUGUGAAGAGCACAUAUUCCAGUAUAAAAAGUUCAUUGUUUGAUGAUUUUCAUAUAAGCUUUUUGUUCUAACAUCUCAGUUUAUUGCUUUUGAUAUUGUUGAGACAUAUCUGUUUUUUAAGUCAAGCUAUAUAUAAUCAAGGGCAUUUUAGUUUUACUCAUUACAACUUUGUACUCUUUUUCACAUUUAUUAAUGUUCUUGUUCAGUAUGACAUUGUUAAUGACUAAACUUCAUUUACAGUUUGAAUUUAACUCUUAAUUUUGAGAUGCUGCAUAAUGUGCUUUACAUAAUAUCUUUAAAUUUGGGCACAACAACGAAAUAACUAAAACGUAGUGGACAAAAAUUUUGUGAUGUUCAUAUUUGAGAAAUAUUUGACUGUUAUCCAAGAAUUACAUUAUUUUGAAGGGCACUACUCUGUAUUAAAAAUUCAUUAAGAGCUA